AUGGCCUCGGCGGGCAGCCCGGCGCCGCGGAGCCCCGGGGCGGAGCGGCCGGAGGCGGGUGCGCGGUGCCGCAGCCUGCCCGUGCUCGGCUCCCCCCUGGCGGCCGGGGGCGGCGGCGGCGGCGGCGGCGGAGUCCCCCCGGGCCACGCCGCCUCGGCGGCUCCUGCCCAGGGCGAGGGACCCGGGGCUGCCCGGCCCCCGGCAGCAGCCGCCGUCGGGAGCCUGCCCCGCAGGACGGAGGCGGUGGUGCCGGGCCGGGGGGUGCCCCCCGGAGCCCCCCCUCCGCCGCCGCUGUUGCUGGCGGGGCCGCCGGGCAGAGCGUGCCUGCGGGCAGUGCUGGCGGACUCGCGGUUCUUCUUGGUGUGCAUGUGCUUCCUGACCUUCAUCCAGUCCCUCAUGGUGUCCGGCUACCUGAGCAGCGUCAUCACCACCAUCGAGCGGAGAUACAGCCUGAAGAGCUCGGAGUCGGGGCUGCUGGUCAGCUGCUUCGACAUCGGGAGCCUGGUGGUGGUGGUGUUCAUCAGCUACUUCGGGGGGCGCGGGCGGAGGCCGCUCUGGCUGGCCGUAGGGGGGUUCUUCAUCGCGCUGGGGGCCGCGCUCUUCUCCCUACCUCACUUCAUCUCCCCGCCGUACCAGAUCCAGGAACUGAACUCCUCCGUCAGUAACGAGGGCUUGUGCGUGACCGGCAAUGGCACCGCCAAAGAGCAGUGGGACUCGCCGGCCUGCGUCAAGGACUCCGGCGGCAACGAUCACUCCCUCUAUGUAGCUUUAUUCAUUUGUGCCCAAAUCCUCAUUGGCAUGGGCUCGACACCCAUCUAUACCUUGGGACCAACCUACUUGGAUGACAAUGUCAAGAAAGAAAACGCCUCGCUUUACCUAGCCAUCAUGUAUGUAAUGGGAGCACUUGGUCCUGCAGCUGGCUACUUACUGGGAGGACUUCUUAUUGGUUUCUAUGUUGAUCCUAGGACAACUGUUUAUAUUGACCAGAGUGAUCCCCGAUUCAUUGGAAACUGGUGGAGUGGAUUUCUCCUUUGUGCCAUUGCAAUGCUCCUUGUGAUAUUUCCAAUGUUUACCUUUCCAAAAAAGCUUCCUCCUCGACAUAAAAAAAAGAAAAAGAAAAAGAAGAUGAACUCUGAUGAUGUCUCAAGUGAUGACGAAGUUAUGAAAGAGAAAACAAAUAGCAAAAUACAAGCAGACAGUGCAGUUCCUACCUCUAUGGGAUUUGGAAAAAAUGUUAAAGAGCUUCCAAGAGCAGCUGUCAGGAUCUUAAGCAACAUGACAUUCCUUUUUGUGAGUUUGUCAUACACAGCUGAGAGUGCCAUUGUUACAGCUUUUAUUACCUUCAUUCCCAAGUUCAUCGAGUCACAGUUUGGCAUCCCAGCUUCCAAUGCCAGCAUCUACACUGGUGUGAUUAUUGUUCCAAGUGCUGGUGUUGGUAUUGUCCUAGGUGGCUACAUUAUCAAAAAACUGAAACUUGGUGCGAGAGAGUCUGCAAAGUUGGCUAUGAUCUGCAGUGGUGUGUCUUUGCUGUGCUUUUCAACUCUCUUCAUUGUUGGAUGUGAAAGCAUUAAUCUAGGGGGAAUAAAUAUACCUUAUACAACUGGUCCCACUCUUGCCAUGGCCCACAGGAAUCUGACUGGGAGCUGUAAUGUGAACUGCGGAUGUAAGAUUCAUGAGUACGAGCCUGUCUGUGGAUCAGAUGGAAUAACAUAUUUUAAUCCUUGCCUAGCUGGCUGCAUCAAUGGUGGAAACCAUAGCACAGGGGUAAGAAAUUACACAGAAUGUGCCUGUGUCCAAAGCCGCCAGGUUAUCACCCCGCCGACAGUGGGCCAGCGCAGUCAGCUCAGACUGGUUAUCGUCAAAACCUACCUGAACGAAAAUGGCUAUGCUGUUUCUGGGAAGUGCGAUCGAACCUGCAACACGCUCAUCCCAUUCCUGAUAUUUCUUUUCAUAGUGACCCUUAUAACAGCGUGUGCCCAGCCGUCAGCAAUCAUAGUGACACUCAGGUCUGUGGAAGAUGGGGAACGGCCCUUUGCACUAGGAAUGCAGUUUGUUUUAUUACGUACUCUUGCUUACAUUCCCACUCCAAUUUAUUUUGGGGCUGUUAUUGAUACCACAUGCAUGCUUUGGCAACAGGACUGUGGCGUACAAGGAUCUUGCUGGGAAUACGAUGUCACCUCAUUUCGUUUUGUCUACUUUGGAUUGGCCGCUGCUCUCAAAUUUGUGGGAUUCUUUUUUAUUUUUCUGGCCUGGUACUCCAUUAAGUGUAAAGAAGAGCAACUGCAGAGACAGAGGUGGAGGGCUUCGCCGGUGAACACUGUGAGUGAGAUGGUUGGCCAAGCUGGACUCCAACAAAACUAUGCACGGACUAGAUCCUGCCCUACCUUCAAUUCUCGAGGAGACAUUGGUGUGGCAGAAGGAAUGAACUGCGUAGCACAGACAUACCCUGGCCCUUUUUCAGAAGCAAUAAAUUCCUCAAAUGAAAAUGCAUUGGAAGAAGUCACUGCUGAGAUAUAGACCCCUGGCUUGGUAAUGUAGUGUUUAGUUUUGUUGGUUGACUUAAUUACGGCGCCUUGUAAAACACCUGUGCCUUCUAUUUUUAAUCUAAAUGUAACACAUGAUAAAACCAACAAAGCUUAAUGCAAACAACCAUAGUAUGUUCCUGAGGGCUGGAUACCUCAAACCAACCCAAGUUCUUAUUUCUCCCUUCCUGACAAUGGAGUUUUAAAAAUUGUGUUUGUAAUUAUUUCAGAUGUGUCCAUUAAAUGUCCAUGCUCUGAUCUAAUAUCAAUGUAAGGGUGAGGUAUUAUGAACAGCAAAAGUCAGUGAAAGAGUGACAAAAACUCAUAUUGUUGAUGUCUAGAUGUCACAAAAAUGCUUAAAUGUAUCAUCAGCUUCACAUCUGCAAACUGUAUUUUUAAGAGAUGAGUAAUUACUGUGAGUUCUGCUACAAAGCACAACUAAACUUAUUUAAACUAUGCAACUUACUUGGAUAAUUGUAUGUGCAGCAAAUUAAGUUUAAAGUUUGCUUUUAAAGACAUCAUUGCGACUCAAUUUGAAAGGGGCUAUUUUCAGACAUAAGCAUUAAAAUAAAAAAGAACAUAAGGUUUAAAGUACUGUUAAUAACACGUUAAGCCAUACAAAAGUUAUGCAUCAGGUAAUGUUUGCAAAUAUUGAGACAUAAUAUCUUUAUCCUGUCAAAAUGUACGUUAAUUUUCAUUUGAUAGGACGCAGUCAUUCUUCACAAAGUACACAGGCUAGGAAAGUAUAAUGCUUGGAGAAAAAAAAAACACCUUCAGUAUUAAUUUGUAAUAACACUGAGAUGCAGGAAUCAUAUGCACAUACCAGACCAGGCGUGCAUACUUCUGCAAUGAUAUUGGCAGUUAUUUGAGUGGCCGUUAUUAGCACCGAAUCCAUACUUUUCCCGAAGAAGAAAAUAACCAGUUAUAGCUUGAUAGGAAGUGCUUGGCAGCACUUCAGAAGUGCAUGCCAGUCUAGUUCAGCUUUGGUGAAGAAACCUCCAGGGAGAGCUAAUGGUCCUGUUUCAUGUCUGUCUGGCUGUGUGGGACCUGGUGGGCCCCUCACAGCAGGGACCGGGGCCAAGGCAGCACCGCUUGCUGCAGGACACAGCAGAGAAACUCUUCAGGGGGGCUGAGAGCACUCGGGCUGCCACCGUGCCUGGCAUGAGGCUUUCCUCUCGACUGCUGGCACCUCUGCGGUGCUGUGCUCCCCACCAGCAGCGUUUCUGCCCCACUUCUGCCUCUCCUGCUGCCUGGCAUUGGGGCAGGCUGGUGGCACAGCCCUGGAAGUGGUAGUUGUAUGGUUUGUCCCACAUGUGCACAACUUGCCUCAGCUUCAUUUAAAGCUUUCCACGAAGGCAAAGCAUGGCUCUCCUCCACCCUUCCAGAGAAGAGCUAAGAAUAGAAAUUGUCUGUAAGCACGGACCCAUGGGAUGUGAAGUGGCCUUUGCUUAUUCCAAAUUACUGUGGUGUGUUUUCUCCCCUGGAGAUGCUGAGACUUUCUCAUCAAAUGUACUUAGCAUUUCAUAUCUUACUCUGGAGGCUUUGUAGUGCCCUUCUUUUGAUGUAGUAAUGAUGUCUCAAAGGGCAGAGAAUGAUUUCAGGUGGACACCAGGAAGUCAAACCUGUAUUUUACCCUACAGGGAAAGUCUUAGAAGUUUUGGAAAUUAAAAGCACUCUUUUAAGAGGACUCAGUGAUGGGCAGGUUUGGGUUGUGUCAUGUGGGGAGCCUGCAUGAAAAUAAAUAGCAGAGAGCAGAACUUUGGGAAUGUAAGAAAGAUUUUCUUCCUGGUUUAAUUUUUAAUUUACAACAUGUAAGUUGAUUGAAUAUUAUAUGGAACCAAGUCCUGUUUCCCUUGAAAUUAAAGGCAAUACUCUUUUCGGUACCUGGGAAGAGUAGAUUUCCCUCUCCUUCUCCUUUGCUGGUUGCCUUCCAUCAUCUCCUGUCUCUUCUUGACCAGCAUAUGGGCUUAACCACAGGGCUGGUUUCCCUGCUUGAAAUGCUGGCUGCUUAUUUCACAACGUCUCAGUCCAUUUAUGUGACUUGUAAUGACUUCCACUCUCUGUGGCUGCAAACUCAGAUGCUUCUACCCCAAAAUACAGCAUAGAGGAAUAUCAUUUAAAUCUAUUCUGUACAUACUAAUAGUUUUUCAGGGUCAAGAUUUUUUUUUUUCUUUUGCAGCCACUGGACACGAUAUAUCCCUAGCCAGCUUGUGCCACCUGAGGCAUUAGCUUCUAUACUUCUCAUCCCGAGGAGUAAAUUUCCUUGGCUCAGAGGUACAGGGUACAUUUUUUUUUUUCCCCACAGGGUAUCAGAAUAGAUGUUAAAAAUGUCUCCUUCUCUUACAGUCUUUAAUGCUUCUUGCACUAAGGUAUUCAUGCCAUGGCAAAAAUUGAGGCAAAAUAGUAGGACAAAGUGUAAUUGCAGCCCAUCACCCAUCCAUUUUAAUCACUUGCCCAUUUUAAUCAGUAUGGGAUGAGGUGAAGAGAGACAAUCUUCAAAUACCUCAGAAACAGAACAUUUAGGGAAUCAUAAAGGGGCUGGAGAUGAAUCAUCUCUCCCGAUUUACUCUAUUUCAUGCCUUGUGUGCACAUCUUUUCCAUACAAAUAACAAGUGAGAGCAGAUUAGGCUUGUAGGAUUGUCAGGAGCUAACACUGAUGACAGAGAAUGAGAGUUAUGUAAGUGACACAUCUGCAACUGCUGCAGCUUCUGAGCUGAUUUCAAAGGAAUUCAGAGCUUGUCAGAACUGAGAACUUCUGUUUUUUAGGAAGUCCUGACACCUCAACUUCUAAAAACAUUCAUUUUUUUAAAAAAAGGUCUGAGAAAUUGGAAUGUAGAGGGAAAGAUGCUCCCUUUGGAAAUACUGAAAAACCUGUGUUUACAUAGCUUCUGUAGCCUUUUAAUUUUCCUUUCAAAAUUAUAUGCUUAACAAAAAUAACAUCAACAUUCUUUAGUAUUUUUGAUAUAGAUAAUUGUGACAAUAUACUUCUACAAGAUCAUUUAAUUAAAUCAGCAUCCUCUGAAGGAAACCAAACCCAGCCUCUGGCCAAUUUUUGAUUUGUUCCUGAAGGAGGCUUUAUUAUGAGUAAGCUGUAACAGUCUAAAAUAAGCCAAUAAAGGCAUGCAGGGUAAAAACAGUAACUCACUAGAGAAGUCAAUUCCAGUAUUGUCAACACUGAAAUAUGGACUGAGACCUGCUGAGCAAACACUAUUUUCUGAGGCUAUCAUUGCUGAAGGAAGCACAGUUGUCAUGAAACCGCCUGACCAUGAAAUGUAAAGUUCCAAAGUCAUUUUGGUUUAAUUUGUUGUAAGUUCUGCCCUCCUCCUCUCUACCCACAAAUGCUUAAGUUUGGUUAGCAGCAAGCACAAGAAAAGGUAAGGCAGGGGUCCUGUUCAGCCACACGCUGCUGUUGGUAGGCAAAGUCUGCUACCUGCAGUUAACCAGCCAGGGAUAAUAUGGAGCAAUGACAAACGGAGGUUAACUACAAGUCCCCAGGGAGGCUUCAUGCUAUCAGGACUGCCUAAUUUCCUCUCGCACCAGUUAUUCCUGGUUUAGAGGAAUACAUGAACGAUACAUGAAAAAGUGACUGAAGAGAUUAUCCUCCCAUCCUGGCUUAGCCUCCUGUUCAUACGUGUUUCUUCAAAAAGGGGAAGAUGUUAGAAAGGGAAUAGCCAUAGCCUUGGGCGUGUAUGAGCACAGUACUGUUAGGAGAGUAGUUUGUAGAGCUUCCAGUUGUUGUGGUCUUGGCUGGAAUAACUGGAGAGUGAAUGCCUGUAUAUCCAAUACUAGUCAAAGACCUGCAUUUUUGGUCCUCUUUUCCUCAUGAGCGUACUGGAUAUAAUACGGUAGAAUUUGGAACUGGUGUUUUGGAGCUAUCCUUUCAGUACAGUGUAAACAGCUACCAGAAAUGAGUUGAAUGUUAUGGGGCAAUUUAUAUUUAAUUGGAAGCUUUCGGUUCUUUGUCCGGCCAUUGUAUCUUUGAAAAUACAUGUAAUAACAUGCUGUUCUUCAGAACUUGCUGUUCUGUAAGUGAACUAGGGGCACAAAUCUCCCCCAGAUAUUAGAAAUAUAAGUUUGAAAGCUCCUAAAUCAAUUACAAACACUUGAGUGUAGUGUUUUCAAAAAUAUAUGCUUGCUUUUUUUUUUUAAAUAUAGCUCAUAAAUUUAUAGCAUAACUAUUUGUUCAUUAUGGCUCUGAUCCAGCAGAACACUUAAAUACAUUGUAAGUUUAUAUAGUUAAGUGAUGCACUUAAAAAUACUGCAUGUAUAUAGGUGUUGGAGUGAAUCCCAUGUGCAUUCGGAAACGAGUUUCUUUACCCAAGGAGUAAUUUCCAUGCUGAGAUGUCUUUUUUUUUUUUUUUCCCCAUGGAUUCAGUGAUCAUUUUCGCCAGAAUAGCACGAAGUAGCACUCAAGUACUUCCCUAUGGCAUUCAUAUGUGUCUACUUAUGUAUCUGGCAAUGAAGGAAGCUUUCAUUUGCAAACAUAAGACAGUUUCUAAGUAGCAACAUUUAGUGAUACAAAACUGUAAAACUUUUUACUAGAAUUCUAACUAGAAAAAGGAGGGGGAGGAGGAGUGAUCACACAGUGAGGGAAAUUAAUGUUCUGCAUACAGAAGCAGAAGGCAUCGUGAGCAUGUCUACACCAGGCAGUAGAGUUAGCUAGCUCCAGAGCAAGAGGUACAGGUCAACUUGUCACCCUGAUGAGGUCACCUAAUGUCACCUAAUCCAGCCAGAGAUGGCUUGUGUCAGAUCAUCUCAGAUAAGGGUCACUUCAGCAUUCAAAAUAUUUUGUGGACUUGCUCAAAGAUAUAUUCUAGAUCUGGAUGACAAAACACACCAUUCACGUGUUUUAUGAAUUUUGGCUGUAAAUCUAGGUAUUAUGUGUGGAUACAGAGUAAAUAAGGGCAUCUUGGACGUAAAGCCAAUUAAAUCACUCAUAGCGCUGUAGGUUUGGACUGUGCCCUUUCACAGAAUUUGGACCUAAAGGUUCAAAUGACAAUUUUUCAGUGUCCUACACAAACGGAAGAGAGCGCCGUCUGCUCUGUGGAGCUCCAGUGAGCAUGCCUGGGGAGAGGGGUCAGCACCUUCUGUACUGUUCUUGCAGAUUUUUCCCCAAAUUGCCCGAAUUACUGCUGCCUUACUACACUUCCUGUGUGUAUAAUACCACAGCUCUUCAUGGUGUUAUAUUGACAUAAAACUGACGAUAAAUAGGUCCAAAGUGUCUUACUGCAGUUUUGGAGCCAGAUUCUCAGCCUCAUCAGUCUGACAAUGAGGCUGAAGAACCGGGCCAGUACCUUGUGUUGGACCUUAACAAGCUGACACUUUAGCAAGUAUAUGCGAACUAAGUGACAUAAAGCACUUGUUUAGUUUUUAUACUCUGAUCAUUGGUUAGUACUUCUGCUUUUGUAGAUCAAAGACAAAAUAUUUCCUUAACAGGUUUAUCUUUGUCUCUUUUCUCAAUACUCUUUCUUUUAUAACGGCAUAGGAAAUGUUAUGCUGCAUUGUCUGAGUUCCCAUAGCUGAAGCCAUCCAGCUGUGUCUGCUUUCCAGGGGUUUAAAACACCUGGAAACAGAGAUUUACCUCAACUGCAAUGUGAAUUGGCAUAGCUUUGAACAGAGUGUUUGCCAGUUGUAGAUUAAACCUGUAUCAACAUAUUUCAGGUUUUUCACAUUGGACUUGGUUUUAGAGAGAUUUUUAUCCUUCAGAUUGUUUAGAAAACAGACAGUUGACAUCACAAUGGUAGAUUAAUUCUUUGGUAUGGAAUUAAGUUUUUUUUUUUUUUUUUCAUAUAUAACAUUUUAUUUUACAUAUAACAAUUGGAAAAGGUAAACAUUGUCACAGAGUAGAAAUGGGAGCCUUCACUGUGGAGAAAAGAUAUGGCCAAAAUUCAUGUGAUUCUUCUUCUUUACUUUGGUACUGAAUACAUGUUAUUGCACUAAUGC